AUGCUGGGAAGGUCUCCUCCGGAGGGCUAGUUGCCCUUCGCCCGAUUUCUUGGCGAUCCGGAGCGCAAAGGACUGGCUCGGGCCUGUGUGCAUUACCGACAAGGUGAUCGGCCGGUUUCUGCCUCGGGGGGAGAAACGGGAGGAGGAGGAACCCAGCCCCCCCUCCAAAGGGCUUUUCCUUUUCUCCUCUCCAGCAAGAAGCAUUUGCAUUGCAGGGACUAGCAGUUACUAGCUUCUUUGGGGAACGGUAAAAUGGCAGUAAAAUGUUUGCUUUGCAUGCAAAAGGUCCAAGGUUCAUUGGAAGGUGUCUCCAGGCAGGCGGGAGCCCCGUCUGAAGUCCCGGGAUUCGCUGCUAGUCGAGGUACACAAUACUCAGCUAGCAUGGUGGACCAGUGUUCCGACUCGGUGCAAGGCGCCUUCUAAAGCUGCCUAUGGGACAAACUUUAAAUAAGUUUCCUUGCAAAACUGUUGAGUCCCUUGCCUCGCCUUCUGUGCAGCCUGCCCACGCCCACCUCCUGACCACCGAAGCAGCUUUCCUGUCUCUUUUUAGCAGCUGCAUGACAAGAGCUGCAUGCCAGGCGGAAGUUCAGCAGGUGAAGCCCCCCCCCCCCUUGCACGGUGGUGCGGUGACUGAACAGUUUCCUUGCCUAAACUUUCCUUUGUGCAGCUAUUAAGUUAGCAGGAGCCAGCAAGAAAUGAAAUGAAAACCUAGAUGUGAGCUGCCGCCUCUGGUGCGGUUGACACUUUGGAAAGUGUUACCAAUUCUUGCGUAGGUGAUGAUCGGCGAGGACGAGGGGAGGCAUAUAGAAAUCGAAGGGCGACAUGUUUUGUCUGCAAAAUAGAAGAAUCAUAGAAUUGGAAGCGACCAUCCAGCCUUCUGCAAUGCAGGAAUCUUUUGCCCAAUGUGGGGUUCAAACUCACAGUCCUGAAAUUGAGUCACUUGCUCUACCAACGGAUCCAUCAGAGAUUCUCUUGUUGUUGUUGUUCUUGCACAUAUAAGUCAGGAAAUUAGAUUAUAGGUUUUGGUGGGACCUAUCCUAAUAUUGGGACGCAGGUGGCACUGUGGGUUUAACCACAGAGCCUAGGACUUGCCGAUCAGAAGGUCGGCGGUUCGAAUCCCUGCGACGGGGAGAGCUCCCAUUGCUUGGUCCCAGCUCCUGCCAGCCUAGCAGUUCGAAACCACACAGUGCAAGUAGAUAAAUAGGUACCGCUCCGGCGGGAAGGUAAAUGGCGUUUCCGUGCGCUGCUCUGGUUCGCCAGAAGCGGCUUAGUCAUGCUGGCCACAUGACCCGGAAGCUGUACUACAGCUCCCUCGGCCAAUAAAGUGAGAUGAGCGCCGUGACCCCAGAGUCGGCCACGACUGGACCUAAUGGUCAGGGGUCACUUUACCUUUUAUCCUAAUAUUAUAUAGGAACUUGGCUCAAAGAUGAAAAGUGAAUGCCCCUCCCUGGCCCUGCUUCAUGUUUUCCUUGAGUUGUCCCCCUGGCCAGAAUGUGGCCUUGAUCUCUGCCUCCUGAGUGGAUAGAGACGGCUGUGUGGGGUGUAUAGAAACUAGCCUGCUGAACUAAGGACAAAAAGCUUUGUGCUGCCCACAUUUGCCUCUGGCCCUGCUAUCACUGGCAUGUGGCCCCUGGAAGGGUCACCAGAGGAGAAUGUGGCCCUUGGGCGGAAAAAGAUAUUCACCCACCCAAGUAAUAUCUGAUGGUUAUAUGUCACCAGAUAGCAUUUUCCAUCUGUGCUAUCUGCAAAGCCUGUAGAGCAAAGGGCAUUCACCUACAGCUUCUCUUACUAAUUACAGUAGUAGUAUUAUUAUUCAUUCAAUUUAUAUCCUGCCUUUCCUCUUGUAGGAGCUCACCGUGUUAAACAGAUCUGCAGUUUAAAACUGAAAGAAAACAAAAGUGUUCUAAAACAGUUUAAACAUUCUAAAGAUGAUUACUGUUAGAAACAUCUAAAAGCAGUGCCAGUUGAAAACAUUAUUCCUCCCAGUGACCUCAGGGUUGCCAGGAACAGUUUACUUUCUUUUUUUCUUUUAAUGCCUAGGUCUGUAGUUCCAGUAACAUGUCUGCAAGGUCAAGGACCAACCAGAAUGUCACAAAAUUGUGGCAAGCUUUGAAUGCUCCAGAUCUCUUCAUAAGGCGGGAUGGGGUGUGGGGGAGAGAACCUAAAACAAGAAAUGUGAGAUUUAGGCUGGCUGUUGUAGCUUGUAGAUUUAGAUCCAAGAUAGUCACUCCCUGAAGUUUAACUAUCAUGAUGCAUACCUAGGAUUCGGGGAUAAAAAAGUAAUGGCUGAUCCCCAUCUCUGGUUUGUAAACCACAUGCAAGGGUUCUCCCAUAGCUUUUUAAAAAAUGGUGUGUGCAUCUUGCUUCCCCUUUUUCCUUUGCACUUUUAAAAAUUGUUAUUAUUGAAUAAAACAAAGCAUGACUAAUUACAAACAACUGGAACCCCACCCCGUCACUUUUCAUAAUAUAUACAUUCAGGCUUGUUGUUUUUUUUGCUUUAUAAAACUGGGGUGCCAGUACAGUGGUACCUCAGGUUAAGUACUUAAUUCGUUCCGGAGGUCCGUUCUUAACCUGAAACUGUUCUUAACCUGAAGCACCACUUUAGCUAAUGGGGCCUCCUGCUGCCACCGUGCCUCCGGAGCCCGAUUUCUGUUCUUAUCCUGAAGCAAAGUUCUUAACCUGAAGCACUAUUUCUGGGUUAGCGGAGUGUGUAACCUGAAGCGUAUGUAACCUGAAGCGUAUGUAACUCGAGGUACCACUGUACUCAUGUGAUGUUGGUGCCAGCACAAAAUGGCUGCCCUAUGGAGCAAAACAAGAGUUUGUAUACCUUUGUAUACAUUAGUCAUAACAACAAGUAAUAAUCCAGCAUGUUUUCUGAGUCUAUGCACUACUAGGAUUUGGAGGCACGGAUAAAUAAACUACCCUUCCCUUUUGCAAGUGAAAGGAAGUGCCUGAAAUUACAAGCUGAAGCUCUUUUCAAGGGCUGCCUCUCAUGCCCUGAGCACUCAGGGAAAGUUCAGAAAAUCACAGCGUUUUUCUCGGCAUGCACAUCCCUUUUGCUUUUCCAUAAGCUAUAGUUUUCCAUUUGGUCAGAAAUGGGAAAUGAUGAUUAACAGCUUUGAAAACAACCCAGGAUAUUAAGUCACAAUUUAUUCAUUUGAAGUUGGUUUAAUAUCAUGGCUUGCUCCAGAAUUGCUAACCAUUGUUUCCCAGUUCAGACAAAAUGGGAAAGUAUAGAGAUGGUUUGCUUGCUGGCUCUCGAAGGCAGGAGCAUGUGGGUAGUGUGUAUUUCAAAAUUAAGCCAAGAUCUGAUCAAACACUGUCUCACUCUGUAGGACAUGCAUGAAGAUGAGAGGAUUUCCCCUCUGUGAUCCUUGAAUUCCAUCCCUGUGUUUUUGAAUCCCACUCCCAUGUUGCAUUUUAAUUAUUUUGUCCACCUCCUGCUCUGAAAUAAAUGUGCAUCUGUUUUAAUGUGAUGACUGAACGUUCCAUGGAAUAAAAUGUCAGCUUUAAAAAUGCACUCAAAAACAUAUGGAGACCUUCUAUAAAUAGUGUAAUUAUUUGCUAAUGCUGUCCACAAAGUAAAAUCUCAGUUUGCCUUAAUAAUUCACCAUUCUUCUUUCAAUAUCAGCAGAGUUUGUCCUUUGCAUUUGAUUCUAAAGUGUACUUAAGUGUAAUGUACAUACUACCUGUUGCUCAGUCCAGCUUAUCGUAAUGUGCAACUGUUAUUAGAAUUGUGAAAACUGCUAUUAGAAAUGGGCAGGUGUUUCAACAUAAUGUAGGGCUGCCAUAUAUCUUGAUUUUCCAGGACGUGUUCUGGAAAUGGUGUCCUGGAUCAUUUCUGAAAUCGGGCCAUUGUGGGGGGGUAAAAUUGCGCCAAACAUGUCCCAAACAUGCCCCCAAAAGCUCAACAACUCUGUCCUGAUUUUCACUUCUGGAGAUAUGGCAACCCUAAGUCUGGUUUUUACUUUUAGAAAUCUGGCAGCCCUAACAUAAUGGGUGGUGUGUAUGCCAUGGUGUUCUAAUUUUAGCAUUAUGUAUCUGCAAAAAUAGAGCUUGCAUAAUCCAAAGGUGAGUGCCCAAUCUUUACAUAACAACAUAUUACUUUCAAAGGUUGUGUGGUCUAAAUGCUUCAUGACACUUUGUAUCACUAAUGUGAUAUUUGACUUCACAGUCACCUCUACUCCUCUUUCAAGCGACUAAGGACUGCAAACGUUUGGAAGGAUGUACAUGCUGUGCAGCUAUACAGACAUUCCAAUUUUCGUUUCUUAAAAACUGAAGAUUUCAGCAGUGCCAUUGUUUCCCCAGAAUGACAGGUCUUUUAAUAAAUAUAAUAAAAUAGCAUGAAUGUCACAGGAAUUAGGGUGGGUGUGAUCUUUCUUCUACCUGGAACAAGAUCCAGAUCCAUAAUUUAACAGCAAGAAGACUUUUACCUUCUUCAAAUCAGCAUAGUUCACAGGAAAGGAUUGUGCUGUUAAUGGUGCAGUAUCUCUGAUGAUAAUAAAGCCAUGCCAUUAGUAAGAGUUUGUAGGUGCAGUUCCUCAAUCGUAUUUAUGUUGUUAUGGUUAGUUAUGUUAAUGGUUAUUAUUAUUAUUAUGGAUUUACUUGUAAUUAAGUCUGUUAAGGAUUGCAGCUUUUGUACUUGAAGAUCUACCAACCAACGUGGGCUCAUCUCUGGUGUUGAUGCUGGAAAAUGCAUUGUCCUUGGCAGAAGCUUUGACUUAAUGCCCAUUGAUAUCCAGCUGCAUAGAAAAGCCAGGUUGCAAAUGCUUUUCAACGGCUGAGCUUUGGGUUCCUGCCCGUUGCCAGAACAGUUUCUGAAGCAUUUUAAGACAAAGUGCUAGUGUUUAUAUUAAUGUUAUUUUUAAAAUGGCUUUUGUUUGCAUGGUUCUUGCAUAUUUUAGCAAGCCUAGCUCUUUCCCUCUUUGUUCUUUACACCAUGCUUUUGCAAUCUGUUCUUCACCUUCUGUGCCUGCUAACAUUGUUUCCCAUCAACAUACUUGCAAGUCCUAGAGGCCGAGAAGAAAGCACAGCACUUUGCUGGAUUUUCGUACCUAAAACUCUGAUAGAUGCUUAGUUGUUUGUAUUUUCUGUGUCUGUGGGAAGCCAAUUAAUGUCCAAAGUGAUAAAUCUAAUCCCUCUCUUUGCCUUCUUGCGUUGGCUUGGUUAGCCCACAACUCUAAGCCAUGGUUUGUCUAGCCCAAGUGUGGUUUGUUUGAUCCUCCAAAACCUGCCCAACAGACUCACCAUGGCGUAUUUUCUGUCUACAAACCAUGAUAUGAAGCUGUGCCUUGUUUUUGGAUUAUGAACCUUAGCUUGAUUGGAUGAUGGUUUGGUGUUUUAUCUGCACUCAACAGCCUUGUUUAACUAAAUGCUUGCCAAGUUACAAAAGCACAAUGCAAGGGCAGCUGGAAAACAAAACAAGCCUUGGUGGAACAAGCCAUAGCUUGUUUGCUUCUCUGUGAGACAACUCAUGAUUUGCUGAGCAGACCAUGGUUAAAAGAAACCAUGGUCUAGUGUUAUGUGUGAACACAACCAAAGUCCUCUCGUUUAUUACCCUAAAACAGAAGUCUUGUAACCUUAUCUGUGUUGAAUAUCUUUUGCUUUGCAGUGAAACCUACUUCCAACUGUGCAGGAUUUUGGCAAGAGGACUGAUGAUUAUACAAAGAGUUGUGUUGAGCUCACGCCCUGGUAUGUUUCUACUUGUCGGAGAACGAUAAUGAGUUUGGUGUGCUUGCAUAAUGUGGAAGCCAGGCAGGAAAAAUGCAACUACCAGCCAGAUUUCUGCAGAAAGCUUUUGACAGUCCUGCUAAAAAGCCUGUGGUGAAACCUUUUAACGGCUUAUGUAAAAUCUUCAGAGAGGCAUUCACAGCAGGCAUUCUUUUUAUACCAGAAGUGUUUUUUAAAAUUAUCUUUGCUGUUGUAAGAAUGCAACAGUGUAAGCAAUAGGCUUACUAAGAAUAGUAUCAUCUUACAAAGUGUGGUGUGAACUUAAGCCCAUAUGUUGUAAGUAGCAAGAGCUGCACAUGCAUUAGUGAUUCAUACCAAUAACAAUAGGGAACAAUUUAGUACCACUAACUAGGUAUGGGAAAGAAAUCCAGUUCAGUCCACCUUUAAAGGCAAACCUGCAUAAUUCAUGCUUUCUGAAAGGAUAUGUCAAUUCAAACCACAGUCAUCCUCUGAAAUCUGCAGGUCUCCAAAUUUUACAAUUCACAUGCAGAAAAACACGUACAAAAGUGCACAUACUAGGGUAAAGCAUGCAUAAAAAUGCACAUAUCCAUCAAAAUAACAUGCAAAAUGCAUGGUAGGAAAGCUUGAUUUGUAAACAUAUGUAUAAUAGGCUAAACCUGCAUAUAAAAAUGUGUAAAUUAGUAUAAAUUAUCACUAAAAUGCUAAUGAAUUUUCAUGAGGACUUUCAAAACAAAAAUCAUAAGCUGAUUUCAAAAUGUGAAGAACUGAAUAUUGGAAAAUGGGGAGGAAGAGAAUGAUUGUACACCACCUUGAGAUCCUUGGAAGAUAAAAUGUGUUUAUAAAUCUAAUAAAUAAAUAAAUGAAAUGAAAUGAAAAUGAAAAAUUAAAAGUUAAGAUUUGAAAAAUGACAGAGAAUCUGAAAUUGGCAAAUUGGCCAAUCCCUACAAAGAAGUAAUUGAUGAAUGGUUAAGAUGGCGGCAUAUAUCCUUCUAGCCAGUUGUUCAUUUCUCUUUCCUCUCAAGUUUAUUAAGCAUCCUUGCUCUUAAGUUUUCAUUAUCUUUUCCCAACUUUUUCCAUUUAUGUCGCUGGCAUAUUGGAAAGAUACCUUUAAGUAGUUCCCAAGCUCCUGAAAUCCUGUAUCUAAUUCAGAUAAGUCCCAGAGUUUUUUCCGGAGCUUGCUUUUAUUUAUUUAUUUAUUUAUUUAUUUAUUUUAAAAAAUUCUAUAACACUGUUCAUUUAAAGAAAAGAAAAAAUCAGAGGGCUUUACAACAAUUACACAUAAAACCAAAUAUGAUUAAAAACCAUGCACGGAAAUCGGGAAUCGACUAACUAUUGAGGAAAUAGGCAUUCUUAAUUGCCUGCACAAUUCUGACGGAAUAGAAAAGUUUGCAGCAGGCGAUUUGAAAGCUGAAACAGACGGUACCUGCUGAAACUCAUGUAAGCAUAGUUAGAAUAUCAUUGAACUAAAUAUGCUUUGUCAGGCCUGGAGUCAGCAGACAGCAAUGGCAGGCGGGUGCUGGGGGCCCUGGAGGGCCGACUACAGCUGAUGCUGGCUCAGACGGAUCUUCAUUGUCCUUUGUUUUUUUUUAAGUAGGCCUCAAUGCUUAGAGGAAAACACAGGCGGCUACAGUUACCAUGUUUCUUCUCCCAGUGCCUCAAGGCCCAGAGAAAUUUGGGGGGGGGAAUGAAGAUAGUGGUGAUUGCAGCUAUCUGGGCUGGUGCAGUGCUUCUGCUCGGUGGAUUGUGGGUAAUGCUAAGAGGAGUACUUGGCAACUGUGGAGCACUUUUGGGGCACCUCCUGCUCCUCUAAUCCAGGGCUCCCCAAACUAAGGCCCGCAGGUUGGAUAAGGCCUGAGGGACUCGUUUAUCCGGCCCACGGCGACUGCCGCCGCCACCCGCUCUUACUGGCGCUGCGCUGCGCGGCUGCCCACUUCCGGGUUGGAGGAGCACCGGAAAUAGUUUGUGCGCAUGCGCAAGCAUCAUUUGCGCAUGCGCAAGUGUUAUUUCCGGUGCACAUCUGGGUCGGAGGAGGCCUGUGCACAUGCACACAAGCUAUUUCUGGUGCUCCUCCAACCCGGACGUGCGCUGGAAAUAGCGUGUGCGCAUGUGUAUGGCCAUGUGCUCCCCUGCCCUCUGACCUGCCACGUGAUCAGUGCUGGAGGCACUGGCCCGAGGCGUGGUAAGUUUGCUGACCCCUGCGCUUCUUACUGCCUACCCAGUCAGCUCUCUGGUGCUGCCAGGAGGGGGGGGUACUUGGGGAGGACCUCAAAGGGCUCAGGGCCUCCUCAGAUCUGUUCCCGGCAUAUGUAUCACACUCAAUUCACAAGUUUUAGAAAUAAUAGAGGACUGCCUGGAGGAAGCAAGCAGGGCAGGCAGGAAUAGCGGCGAGAUGGAGAAAUAUACUAGGAGGAAGGGAAGUCGCAGAGUUGAAACAUAAGGAGACAGGGAGGAACUGAUAGGGAGAUGCCUGGGGUAGGAGUUCACAGGAUGAGGCAAUAAAGUUUACUGGAGUUCAGUUGUUGGUUUGUUUUGAGUCAUCUGAGCCCAGAUGUAGAUUUAAAACCCUGAUUUAGCUGCUCUAGCCGCCCUCUGCAGCUGUUCUGACAACUGCCUAAACCAAUAUGUGACGGACGGGGAACAAGCUUGCUGGGCUUUUCCCUCAUUCCCAUCCCGCCCCAUGCAUGGAAAGGUGCCUGCUUGCUGUCUGAAGUUAGAAUAUAACCCUGCUUUCCCCUGGCGCUUGCCCAGUUGCUGGAACGCUUGAGGAGGGUGAGCAUCUGGCCAAGAGAGAAAUUUUGCCAUUCAACUUGUAACCUAACCCAUUCUAGGUGUCAAUGGAGAGCCAGUUGCAGGAAACUUUCGUACCGAGGAAGCUACCCUACCGGAUAAAAUUGCCGAGGGUCAAGUCAAAGUUCGUACGCUUUAUCUGUCUGUUGACCCUUAUAUGGUAAGUAUGUGUGGCAGGUGGUUAUGUGAUAAGCAUGCAAUAAAAUUUGGAGCUCACAGAAGCUCAGUUUGCCAGCUGUAGCAUUUAAUGUCAUCAAAAUUAUUCAUAUUGGCUUAUGUACAGUUUUGAUUUGGGGGUCUUUUGGCCAGCAUAGAUAGCUAUGAACUGAGGUCCUGAGCAUGCAUGUGCAAGAUAUGUAUACACAUACUUGUCUUUUUUUCCUUGGUGUGGCCCAUAUAAAUUGCCUGAGUGUUUAAAACAGUUAGGUGAUCACAGUAGUCAGGAUUGAAAGUAACAUAACUUAGGGUUCCCAUAUUUCUAAAAGUGAAAAUCUGGACACAAAAGCUUGGCAAGGUUCUGAGAUUAUUAUUUUUUUUGUAAAAUCUAAAUAAUAAUAAUAAAUGUUUUUGAGCUAUUCUUAAGGAAAUUCACCAAAAUCUACACUUCUGACGUGGAUUGCCAUAUGUCCGGACGCCAUAUAACCAGACCCUAACAUAACUGCUAUGUGUGUGUGUGUGUGUGAGAGAGAGAGAGAGAGAGAGAAGACUAUCAGGAUCUUGCUUUGCUUCUGUCAUGAGAAUGUGGACAUCCCAUAGUGUUACAUCUAUGAGCCAACCAUGCGAUCUCCCAAGUGUUGUUCAUAGCUAGAUAGCUUUUCUUUGAAGCCUGCUUGAGUGCUUCCAGUUCUCUUAAGAUUCCUUCACUGCUCUACAUCACAAAUAUAGAAUUACAAGUUUACCUCAGAACAGGGCCCAGAACAAGGGUGAGUGGGGAGGAAUGGAUUCAGAGAAGUAGCUGUGUUUAGGCUAUUGCGGGGUUGGGGAACAUGCUCCCCUUCAGAUGUUGUUGGACUCCAGCCCCUGUCAACCCAGGACUGUUGUCCAGGUUGGCUGGGGCUGAUGGGAGCUGGAAGUCCAAGCAACAUCUUAAGAGCCACAGGUUCUAUACCCUUGGCUUAUUGCAACAAAAAGCGGGGGAAGUAUUGUGGCAUAAGGGCUUCUGAACCUGUUGUUUUCAAUGGGGGUAAAGCUCCUAUUAGGUGCCAGUGUAGCCUCUCUGCUCCUCGCCUUAAAUCAGGAUGUGUUGGUUGCAAAGUUCCUGCCCCUCAAUUGUCCUCACCCUGUGCUGUCUAUUUAUUUUCAUUUUAAAAUGGUCUAUACAAGAACUAAAGAUGUGACCAAUAUUGUGUCUAGUUUGGCCCUUAGUAACCUUAUUCCAUAAUAUUCUGAGUAAGGGAACAGGGAAUAUUUCACAAGCUCACUGGUUCUAAUUUGUUUACCAACAAAACCUGGUAAAGGAAGUGCAUUAAUAAAUGGUAAGGAUUGUCUGCUCUGGAACUACCGACAUUCCAGUCUAGGAGGAUAGGAAUCUGCCUUAUACGGAACCAGGCCAUUGUUCUGUCUGGCUCAGCACUGUGUGCACUGGCCGGCAGGAGCUCUCCAAGGCUUCAGACUGGGGAUGUUCCCAGUCCUACCUGGAGAUUCUUGAGACUUUCUCCAUGCUAACUUGACAGAUGCUGUACCAUAGAACUAUGGACCUUCCCUUAUUCUGUUACAAGUGAGAGUCUGAGCACAAGGUUGCUAGAUAGACAGAUGUUGUAGAUAGAUACUCAGGGUACAAUAGUGCCAAUUAUUUUCCUUUGUUGUUGUUGUUUAGUCGUUUAGUUGUUUAGUCGUGUCCGACUCUUCGUGACCCCAUGGACCAGAGUACGCCAGGCACUCUUGUCUUCCACUGCCUCCCGCAGUUUGGUCAGGCUCAUGUUGGUAGCUUCGAGAACACUGUCCAACCAUCUCGUCCUCUGUUGUCCCCUUCUCCUUGUGCCCUCCAUCUUUCCCAACAUCAGGGUCUUUUCCAGGGAGCCUUCUCUUCUCAUGAAGUGGCCAAAGUAUUGGAGCCUCAACUUCACGAUCUGUCCUUCCAGUGAGCACUCAGGGCUGAUUUCCUUCAGAAUGGAUAGGUUUGAUCUUCUUGCAGUUCAUGGGACUCUCAAGAAUCUCCUCCAGCACCAUAAUUCAAAAGCAUCAAUUCUUCGGCGAUCAGCCUUCUUGAUGGUCCAGCUCUUACGUCCAUACAUCACUACUGGGAAAACCAUGGCUUUAACUAUACGGACCUUUGUUGGCAAGGUGAUGUCUCUGCUUUUUAAGAUGCUGUCUAGGUUUGCCAUCGCCUUUCUCCCAAGGAGCAGGCGUCUUUUAAUUUCGUGACUGCUGUCACCAUCUGCAGUGAUCAUGGAGCCCAAGAAAGUAAAAUCUCUCACUGCCUCCAUUUCUUCCCCUUCUAUUUGCCAGGAGGUGAUGGGACCAGUGGCCAUGAUCUUCGUUUUUUUGAAGUUGAGCUUCAGACCAUAUUUUGCACUCUCCUCUUUCACCCUCAUUAAAAGGUUCUUUAAUUCCUCCUCACUUUCUGCCAUCAAGGUUGUGUUAUCUGCAUAUCUGAGGUUGUUGAUAUUUCUUCCGGCGAUCUUAAUUCCGGCUUGGGAUUCAUCCAGCCCAGCCUUUCGCAUGAUGAAUUCUGCAUAUAAGUUAAAUAAGCAGGGAGACAAUAUACAGCCUUGCUGUACUCCUUUCCCAAAUUUGAACCAGUCAGUUGUUCCAUAUCCAGUUCUAACUGUAGCUUCUCGUCCCACAUAGAGAUUUCUCAGGAGACAGAUGAGGUGAUCAGGCACUCCCAUUUCUUUAAGAACUUGCCAUAGUUAUCACAUAGUGUAGUACCUUAACAGCAUCAUCGUUUAAAAUUUUAAAUAGUUCAGCUGGAAUAUCAUCACUUCCACUGGCCUUGUUAUUAGCAGUGCUUUCUAAGGCCCAUUUGACUUCACUCUCCAGGAUGUCUGGCUCAAGGUCAGCAACCACACUACCUGGGGUGUACGAGACAUCCAUUUCUUUCUGGUAUAAUUCCUCUGUGUAUUCUUGCCACCUCUUCUUGAUGUCUUCUGCUUCUGUUAGGUCCUUUCCACUUUUGUCUUUUAUUAUGGUAAUCUUUGUACGAAAUGUUCCUUUCAUAUCUCCAAUUUUCUUGAACAGAUCUCUGGUUUUUCCCAUUCUGUUGUUUUCCUCUAUUUCUUUGCAUUCUCGUUUAAGAAGGCCUUCUUGUCUCUCCUUGCUAUUUUUUGGAAAUCUGCAUUCAAUUUCCUGUAUCUUUCUCUAUCUCCCUCGCAUUUUGCUUUCCUUCUCUCCCCCGCUAUUUGUAAGGCCUCGUUGGACAGCCACGUUGCUUUCUUGCAUUUCCUUUUCAUUGGGAUGGUUUUAGUUGCUGCCUCCUGUAUAAUGUUACGAGCCUCCAUCCAUAGUUCUUCAGGCACUCUGUCCACCAAAUCUAAAUCCUUAAACCUGUUCCUCACUUCCACUGUGUAUUCAUAAGGGAUUUGACUUAGAUUGUAUAUUACCGGCCCAGUGGUUUUUCCUACUUUCUUCAGUUUAAGCUUGAAUUUUGCUAUAAGAAGCUGAUGAUCUGAGCCACAGUCAGCUCCAGGUCUUGUUUUUGCUGACUGUAUAGAGCUUCUCCAUCUUUGGCUGCAGAGAAUAUAAUCAAUCUGAUUUCGAUGCUGCCCAUCUGGUGAUGUCCACGUGUAGAGUCGUCUCUUGUGUUGUUGGAAAAGCGUUAUUAUUUUCCUACUCAGUGAAUAAAACGAUUGGUUUUUUCCCUCUUGGUUUUAGCUGUUCUUACUUUUUCUGGAAGUCCCUGUGAGGGAACAAGGCAGGAAAUAAAUAAAUAGAUGAUAAUCAGUGUUAAAAAUUGAGAUAUGAAAGCUAGGAGCUAAAUCACACUUUAAACCUAGGUUAUGGGUGCAACAAGGGAAUGUCUAGGCUCGCUUUUUUAUAACCAGAAUACAAAGCUGAAAGUGAAUGAACUGCAGCUAAAAUCUUAUGUUCAUUUUUCACAUGGUCUGAUCCUUAUCUGAAGACUGCAAAGACAAAGCCAUGCUUCCCCUGCCCACUCACCCUAAUAUUCUUAAGAGGGUCUUUUCUCCAGUCUUCAGAGAGUGGCUGGAAGUGGGGAGGCAAAAAAGGUCCUCCUUUCCUGCCAGUAUACAGUUUUAAUCUGAAAUUUUAGGCACAGUAUUGCACCCAGAGCUCAGAAACUGCUCGCGCUAAUGAAAUUCCCUGUCACAAAACGCGCCUAGAACAAUGGGAGUUUUGAACGCUGAUGAAAAUAAUAAUAGCAUAGCCCUUUAGUCAAGCAGAACUGAAUAGGAUUUCCUUCAGUGUUACUGUGCAUUGCCAUGCUGUUAAUACAGGAAAAAUUAAAAGACCCUGUUGUGAAGAGGAAUGGAUGAAGAUAGAAGCAAAAGACAGGGUUUUAGUUGUUGGUAAUGUUAAGAGAUGUUCAGAAUAACUAUACAUGGUUGUAUUUUAAAGGAUUAUCUCAUGGCAAACAUUUUGUCUUUCAGCGAUGCCGUAUGAAUGAAAACUCUGGAUCUGAGUACCUCCUUUCCUGGAAAUUGUCUGAAGUCACUGAUGGUGGGGGAAUUGGUUCUGUGGAGGAAAGCAAAGAUGCCCGUUUUGCUGCAGGAGACUUUGUAACUUCCUUCUACUGGCCCUGGCAGACGAAGGCCAUCCUAGAUGGGAAGCAGCUUGAGAAGGUAGAGUUCUUGCAUAGAGGAAAGGCAGCUGAUUGUUCCAUUUAAUUCAGGGGGUUGGGGUGCUAUAACUAUGCCUUUUAAACAACUUGUCUCUGUUCAGAUUGAUCCGCAGCUUGUAGACGGUCAUCUUUCCCAUUUUCUGGGUGCAGCUGGCUUGACUGGGCUGACAUCUUUGCUAGGAAUAAGGGAGAAAGGACAUGUGUCUCCAGGUGCCAAUCAAACUAUGGUGGUCAGUGGGGCUGCUGGUGCCUGUGGUUCAUUGGCUGGGCAGGUAAGCUGGUUUAAGAGUAGUAUUUGCAUCUUAAGAGGAGAUUUUUGCUUUUUUGCAUAUUUUGAGGUAACGUGUAUUAGCUGCAGAUGUAAUUGUGUUCAUGUUAUCCCAGUGAUGUGGGAGCCACCAGAUGAGAAACCAUGGACCAUGUAGUGAGGAUGCUGAGGCUCCUUCCCAUGCCAAUGUCCACCCUUGAGAAAUGGAGUUGGUACUGAUGUGUGGAAGAGCUACAGCAGGGCUCCUCCUUGUGGUUCCAGACUUCUCACGUUACCCCAGUGGUAAAGGAUGGAAUAGUGCUGUAGUGACUCCAACGUCACAGGAAUAGCAGCAGCAACAACAACAAAAAACAAGCAUAAGAUUUGGACCAACCAACAUAUCCAAAUCUCCUUCAUCUCCUCAACACCCCAAUGAAAACCACUUCUAAUCACUCACCAGAAGCUGGCUGAGCUUUCACCUUGGUGGGGAUAGCAGGUGAAAUUGAGGGCCUUUGAUUAAAUCAGUUUUGCAUAGAGGGGGCCAAGGCUGAGAAACAGUGGCCCAGGAGAGAUGGCCAGGGAUGUGUGGAAGGCCACAGACUCAUGAUAUAGUUGGCAUUUCAUAGACCUGCUGGCUGUGUGAACCAGCACCUCCAAGUGGACACAUUUGGUGGUGUGAUUUUUGUGAUUGUAGCAGCUUUUUUUCAAGCAAAUCACUGUGGCUGUGAGUCUGCUGCACGAGACAGAGUCCUGUCCACAUUUCAUAAUUAGUUAGCUGUUAAUCCACUCCCCCGCUCCACAUUUGAAUUAGAUUGAAGUAGUCUACAGCAACUUUGGUCUUUUCUAUUCAUAGCACAUGGCCCUUUCUAUUGUUCAUUUCCCCUCUUCUGAUUUGUUGAUUCUAUUAUGCUGAUUAAGUACCAAGAGGGCAUGUCCACAGAGGGCAUGCACACCUUGUUGUUGUUGAUGUUGUUCUUGUUGUUGUUGUUUUUAAAAAACCUUUCCUCGCCCAAGAAGUGCAUAAAAGCACAAAGUCAGGCAAUUGUCCAUUUGCUUGUGCAGUUUUUCUGAUUUUGUGGAUACCUGAGGGAUCAACAGGUGGAGGAAAUCCUCUGUGCAUAGGAAAUAGUUGCAAGCAGUGCCAGAAGAGAUAUGAAACCAUUGAGGAAGUAGUGGACAUGGUAAAAGGAGUAGCAGAAAGUGACAGUCGAUCCACUCAUUGAUCCCAAAGCACCAAAACAAAUUAUCUGCAAUCCCAAGUGGAGUGAAUUGGAACCAAUUUUGUGGACAAUCUCAUAUGCACUGACUUCAGACCCUCACUCUUGUGUUUCCACUGUAUCCUGGUUAUUUUCUUACAAUUUUUUUUUUUUUUUAAGAAUCGUCAUGAUGCAUGACAAAUUGUUGCAUAGUGCUAGAAGUUGAUGAACUGCAGUGAUUGUGGUUAUGAUGCUUCCUAAGAUAGGUUCCCUGGAGGGCUGUUCCAGAGUGGUUGGUAUCUGUGGCACCGACGAAAAAUGCUCUAUCCUGGUGUCAGAAAUGGGGUUUGAUGCGGCUAUCAACUAUAAGAAAGAGGAUGUGGCACAACGGCUGCACGAGCUCUGCCCGGCGGGAGUGGAUGUGUACUUUGACAAUGUUGGUGGAGACAUCAGUGAUACAGUGAUCAGUCAAGUGAGUGUGCAUGUUACCCGUUUUGUGCCGUCCCAUAAAUUACUCUGGAUUUCAUGCAAACUGGUAGAAUUUUACUGUAAAUCUGUCUGACUGAUGAAAGACAAGAUUAUCACAAUAACCUUGCCCAGCUAUGUUGCUAGGACCUUUGUGAGGCUUCUUAUGAACCCUCUUUAGGCAUUUAAAGAGGUUAAAAGUGCAUAGACAGGGGCAGUUAGUGCAUAUACAAGUCUCUGCCCAUGAUGUCCCUCCCCCCCCCACACAUGUGCUCAUCUCUGACUUUUGCAUGCUGACUUAAAUGGCUUAAAAGAGGUUUUUGCAUCUGUUUAGCUGAAUGCAGGUGGGAGCGAGCAGCUGAGUACACUUGCCCCAGGCGUUGGAGGGUUAAGUUGGUUGGGGGGCCCCACUGGGGAUGGCUGCUUUUUUGUUUGUGUUUAUAACUUUAUUCUAAGGGAUGCCGGUGGCGCUGUAGGUUAAACCACAGAGUCUAGGACUUGCCGAUCAGAAGGUCAGCGGUUCGAAUCCCCGCGACGGGGUGCGCUCCCGUUGCUCAGUCCCUGCUCCUGCCAACCUAGCAAUUCAAAAGCACGUCAAAGUGCAAGUAGAUAAAUAGGUACUGCUCCAGCGGGAAGGUAAACGGCGUUUCCGUGCACUGCUCUGGUUCGCCAGAAGCAGCUUAGUCAUGCUGGCCACAUGACUUGGAAGCUGUACGCUGGCUCCCUCGGCCAAUAAAGUGAGACGAGCACCGCAACCCCAGAGUUGGCCACGACUGAACCUAAUGGUCAGGGGUCCCUUUACCUUUACCUUAUAACUUUAUUCUAACAAGACUCCCCCCCUGGGCCUCAGACAAGCUCCGCACAGGCCUGACUGAAUGUGCCUAGAAGUCUCCAAGUGACUGGGAGCCCUGCUCCAUCUGGAUUCCCAGUCACACAACAGCUUCUAAGGAUCUUUGGUUGAGUGCAACUAGAAGUCCCUUUAGAUCUUCACACUCAGCAUGCAAAGGCCUGAGAGGAGCUCCCACCUGUGGGGACAUUGAGGGUGGAACUUCUGUGUGCCUCCCUUUCCCUCUACAAACUUUUAAGCCUCGUCCGUUCAGGCAAAUGUCCAAAGACAGCUACAGGGCCACAACUUGUAAAGAGUUUUUUAAAGAACAGUUGCGCUGGGAGUUUAGUGGUUCUGGGGCAGGGGCAGGGAAGGAGAUCUUUCCAGUUAUUGCGCUGGCUUGUACUUUGGUCUCUGGAGAUUACACAGUUCGCCUCACCCCACUGUGCAGUUUCCACUAGACAUUUUUUUUAAAUGGACUCUGCAAUCCUAUUCACGCUUACUUGUGAGUUCCAUUCAGGGCAGUGUGACUUAGGUGUAAGUAAAAGGAUUGCACUGUAAAAGUGGCCAAGAGCCUUUCUGAAUCUUUUGUUUUAAAUUUACUUUUUGUUUAAUUAAUUGGAGGCUGUGUGCUGCCCUUCUGUUCAGCUGUGCACACCUGAAACAAUUCAGAAAGAAGCAGCCAGAGAUCUAGAGCACGUUCCAUCUUUAAGAGUUAAACUAGUUCCCUGCUCCAGAGUCAAUUCAAAAUGCCAGUACUGACAUCCACAGUGCUAUCCUUUGUAUGUCUACUCAGAAGUGAUCCCCAUUAAGUUCGAUGUGAUUGACUCCCAGGUAGGUGCAUAUAGGAUUGCAGACUUGAAGCUGUACAAAAGUAUAGCUAUCAGAAGGAGCAAUUCCUCUCAUAUGUACCUUUUUAAAUGCUCAACCAAGCUCUAAACCCCAGAUGCCACUGCCAUCCAAGGUAAGACAUGGAGCAAAGAAGAGUGUUGUAAGAACUCUUUACCUUCGAGCCUGACUUGACCACCCUUGCUGUGGACUUCUAGACAGGAUGUUAUCAUUUGAGACAACCUUCUCAGCUGCCAAAUGUGGUCUGUGGGAGGUGAGAGAGAUGAUAAUCUGGCCUGGCAUCCUGAUCCAGUUCCCUGCUCCUGGUGUAAAGUGUUCUUGUGGCACAUUUCAGCUGGAUGGGAGAAAGCUUUCUCCAUUUCACUGCUAUUGUUCAUGUUGCUUGACAAGUUAAAUUUGUUCCCCUGUAAUGCACCAUUGCCUGAGAUGGAGGGUAUGUUGACAUAUAUUUACUCUUGUUUUUCAUAUAAAAGAGUACAUGAAAAGACUAUAUUUCUGGUUGUUGCAGCAGCAUGUAGGCCAGAUGAACUGAAUGUUCUUCAGCUCUGAUUCAUACUGCAUAGUAAACACACACUGUUUCUUUGGGCUGUUCUCAUAAUUGGUAUGGGUAAACCAGUUAACAACAUUUAAACAUUUUAACAGUUGCCAUUUAGCAAGUUUUUUCAGACUGCAUACUGGGGUCUCUCAGAAGCCAAUUGGGGUUCCCCUAUGAGAAUAUUGGUAGUGGCAAACACAUUUCUCCACCAGACAGUUCUGGUUUGCUGGUGGGGGGAGUGCGGGUUGCCCCACCUUUGUUGUGCAAAGUUGCCCCUCCAGAUAGCAACAAUUCAGUAACACUCGGGAAGCAUUGCAGAACAACUGUUUAAGUAGACUGGUGUGUGGACAGACCAGUAUAAACUACCAUCAAUGCACUGCUAUUGUGUCAACAUGUUGCAACAUACACCCACAAAAAGGCCCGCCAGUCUGAAGGGCCUCCCAGUCUUUAUUGAGCAUUAUUUCUUAUUUGUUAAUGGGACAGUUAUAUGACAAUGAGCAUUCAUCCUCGUUUGUAUGCAUAAUGUUUACAGUCAUGUCUUCCCAUUAAUUUGUUCAUCUUUUACUUUUCACUGCAUUUCCCUGUCACUUUCCUAAUUGCAAACAGUUGCUGUUUUAAAGUGGAUUUGUUGUGCCACUGCAAUUUAGGGUUCACCUACAGUGGUGCCUCAGGUUAAGAACUUAAUUCGUUCUGGAGGUUCGUUCUUAACCUGAAACUGUUCUUAACCUGAAGCACCACUUUAGCUAAUGGGGCCUCCCGCUGCCGCCUCGCCGCCACAUCGCGAUUUCUGUUCUCAUCCUGAAGCAAAGUUCUUAACCCGAGGUACUAUUUCUGGGUUAGCGGAGUCUGUAACCUAAAGCGUCUGUAACCUGAAGCGUAUGUAACCCGAGGUACCACUGUUUAUUGUUGUUUAAUAUAAAUAGUAGGCCCCUGCACCUCCAUUAAUUCUCCUUCGCCCAUAUGAUGUUCUCUUCUAAAUCACGACCUUCCCAUACAUUCCGCUCCUUCAAUGUGGAUCUUCUCAUACCCUCUCCUUUUCAGCAUAUAUCUAGUAGGAGAAAAUCCAGAUUGAGGAAGGAGAAAGUGUAGGAAGGUGAUGAUUUGGAGGAAAACAUCAUAUGGAAAAGGGAGAAUUAAUGGAGGUCCAGGAAUCUUACUAUCCACAUUAAACACAGUAUGGAUUACCCAAUUUUAAUCAACUUUAAUUGUGCAAAUUUGGACUUCUGAUAUGUGUUUGAACUCCUCCCAUGAAAUAGUGACAGUCUGUAGAGCUCCAUGAUACUUCCACUUCCUUGUCCUUUUAUCACAGUAGCUGAGACUUUACCCUUUUCUGUUUCCACCAACCGCUGCUCGCAGAAUCUGGGGCAGAUCUUAUUCCUUGAAGGAAAUCAAGCACUCGGCAAUGCAGCCCUAGAUCCCUUCUCGAGGAAAAGAGCAAUGGAAACAGAAUGUACUUUAUGUAUGUUUACAGCUUAGUCUUUAUGGCAAGGCAGUAAAGUACUCUCUCUCAUUUUGUCUCCAACAGAUGAAUCCAAAUAGCCAUAUCAUUUUAUGUGGCCAGAUCUCCCAGUACAACAAGGAUGUACCUUACCCUCCUCCUCUGCCUCCUGCAAUAGAAGAAAUAAGGAAAGUGCGAAAUAUCACAAGGUAUUUCUCCUUUGUUGGCCUAGCCACCUCCUGGGCUGAACACAUUAUUAUUAAUUAUCAUUAUUAUUUAUUAAAUUUCUAUACCUCCCUGUAUCUGAGGAUCGCAAGGAAGUUUACAAUAUCAAAACACAAAAAUACACAACCCAGUAACAAAGAGCAACAACCCCGCAGUUUAAAAGGCCAUGUUAAUAAUUUUUUGUCCUAAGGGCAGACUUACUAGAUCUUUGCAUUGCAGCACUUUUAUGGAAAGUUGUCCCCUAAAUGUUUAUUUGAAAAUAGAGAUCAAUCAGAUAUUUACUGAAACCAAUAUCCAUGUUGCUUACCAUCAGUGAGGAAGCCACUUGACAGAAAACAAGCUGGGAAGAAAAGCUUCCAUUCACUCUUGAGGGAAAUGCACCUAGUGCUUGAAGCACAUGGACAAAUGUGCAGCUACCAUAUUUUUCGCCCCAUAGGGCGCACCGGCCCAUAGGGCGCACCUAGUUUUUUUGGGGGGGAAUAAGGGAAAAAAAAUUUUCCUCGGGGCUGGGGUGGGGGAAGCUCGAGCUUCCCCCGACCCCAGCCCCCAGAACAGGCAGCUCUCCGCAAGCUGUGGGAGCCCGGCGCGACUUCGCGCCGGGCUCCCGAGGGCCGCGGAGAGCUGCCCGAAGCCUGGGGAGCACUGAACAGCGCACCCCAGGCUUUGGAAUGCAGGCAGCUCUUUGCAACCCUCGGGAGCCUGGUGCGACGUUGCGCCGGGCUCCCACAGCUUGCGGAGAGCUGCCCGAAGCCUGGGGCGUGCUCCGCUGCGCUCCCCAGGUUUCGGGCUGCAGUCUGCUGUCUGCAAGCCUUGGGAGCCCAGCGGGAACUCCUGCGGGCUCCCAAGGCUUGCGGAUAGCUUCCUGAAGCCUGGAACGGGAGAGGAGUCGGUGCGCACAGACCCCUCUCGCUCUCCAGGCUUCAGCGAAAGCCUGCAUUUGCCCCAUAGGACGCACACACAUUUCCCCUUCAUUUUUGGAGGGGAAGAAGUGCGUCCUAUGGGGCAAAAAAUACGGUAAUAAACUGCUCGUUGGAUAAAUGUAUGUGAAAUAGGGGAAUGUUUUCUUUUGCAAUAUCGCUUAAUAUUGUCAGAUGUUUGGUACGCUGAGGAUGCACACUUACUUGGGAAUAAUCCCCACUGAACUCAGUGAUACUUUCUUUGGAACAGGCUUGCCUAGGGUUUCCCUGUCACUUUCCUAAUUGCAAACAGUUGCUGUUUUAAAGUGGAUUUGUUGUGCCAUGGCAAUUUAGGGUUCAUCUAUACUGUUGUUUCUGCAAAAGAUGGAUAUGUUGGGCUAGAAAAUCUAAUUACUGCUUUAAAUCGGUAACUGCUGUGGUAAUCCCCUCUUGCACGCAGAAUUAAAUCUAAAACGAGCCUUCUGGAAUGUUUUCAGCUAACAUCACUACCUACUGAAUGAAACACCCACUCUCCUGUUUCAUAGGGAAAGAUUUCUAGUUCUGAACUAUGUGGAGAAAUUUGCAGCUAGUACUAUGCAGCUCUGCCAAUGGAUCAAAGAGGGAAAACUGAAGGUAUGACACAAAUCGGAAGGUAAUUGCAUAUGGGUUGCAGCUCUGGCUUUUAUGAUGAAAACCAGCUUUUCUCAUUUGUCCUGGCCAUUGUAUAGUGCCUCGAAUAUCCUAUUUCAUCCAAUGAGCAUAGAAGCUUUUUUAGAAGAACAAAAAAUUAAUAUUCUAGACUGCUUUCAGCUUCCAAAAUGAGAGCUCAAAAGGAACAAUAUGGAGUGGCUUGCAAAGCAUUGGGGUGCAAAGCUUGGGAACCCUGCACAUGGGGUUUCGAAAGGUUGGUGGGGCAACCCACCUGUCAAUCGUGUAACUAGCAAGCAGAUUGGCUGGCUGGGUUGGGGAUGGCUGAAGAUCUGACCCCCAGAGUAAAAAACGGUUCCUCAUCUUUGACUCUAGUGAAUUAAAUGAGGUAAAACUAACUUCUUUUGAUUUAUUUAUUUUUAUUCCCCAGUGAGCUGAAAACUGUUUGCUUUUAGGAAACAAAAGCAGAGUAGAAAACAAACACCUUAUACUUUCUUAUUUUAUACUUUUACAGGCUAAAGAGACUGUAGUAAAAGGCUUAGAAAACAUUGGAGGUAAGGUAUUAUUUGCUCUUCACAGUUACCUGUCCUUAAGUACAGGGCAGGGAUGAACUAUAGUCUAGUGGGAGAGCAGGUAGACAGCCCCAGGCUUUCCAGCUCCAGUUGAAAAGAUCUGGUAACAGGUGUUGUAAAGCAUGUUCUUCAACCUUUCCCCACCCCCAACCCUACAGAGGAUGUUGGACUACAUAUCCCAUCAUUCCUGGCCAUUAGGUAAACUGGCAAGUGAGGAUUGGAGUUGGCUGCAUGAGGGCCCCUGUCAGCAGUGCUGUUUUUCUAGAAAUUAAAGUACUAGAACUCACCAUGAACAUCUCCCUCACUCUCUUAGAAUGUGGUGGAAGUGAGUUCCCGUGAGUUCCCCCUUUAAAAAAACCAGCCCUGAGUGUAGGCAUUAUAAAUAUGGCUUCCUAUGAACACUAAAGCUAUGGGAUGCUAACUUUAUCCCUUACACAGUUUAGGAGUUUGAUUUAAACUGAAUUUACUUCAGUUUAAAAGCAUUUGACUAUAAAUCUAUACGGGAAUAAAAUCUAAUAAUUCUGUUAAAUAGUUGGGCAUUAAAAAAAUCUCAGGUAGCCAUUGUUCCUUUUUAACAAUGCAUUAAUGCUUAACCUUACAAAAAUUGUCAGAAGAAAAAUAAUUUUACAGGCACGAAACUGAUCUUUGCAUUAUGAUUGUUUUGGUAGCAAAGAACCAAGUACAUUUAAGUCCAGUAAGAAAUGAUUCUUUUAAAAAAAGGAACAAUGCUCUUUUACUAAUUAUUUUCGUUUUAUUGUAGCUGCUUUCCAGUCUAUGAUGAGCGGGGGCAACAUCGGGAAACAAAUAGUCCUUGUUUCUGAAUAAAUAAGUCAUCGUACUGUUUCCUGAGUGUCAACUAUGAAGAAAAAGCAUCUUUUAUUUGCAAAAGUUUGGCACGAUAAUCUCCUUGGAUAGGUUCUCCCGUUGCAUGACCAGAAACAGAUUUCUAGUUUCGUAUUCUCAUUUAAUAGCUGACAUUCUUAUCUCACUGUUGUGACACUAACAGAAGGCAAGUCCAAGUUUUGAUUCCAGGUCCCCUUAUCUUAUGUUCCAUGUGUAUUUCUGUACACAUUGCCUUAAGACAGGAAUUUUGUAAAAGUAAGAAUAUUAUCUGUGCUGCCCUUGAAUCUCAAGUGUCUGAAUACUACUAUUUAGCAAUAAUUGUGCCACACUGUUAUAGUAUACCUCGGUUGCUACUAGAUGUGAGAGGACAAAGAUAAAUGCUUCCGAUACUACAGCUGUUAAAGCUGUUUUUUUAAAAAAGUUCUAACUUGGCUUCUUGAUUAAUGUGAUCAAGUGUCCUUCUAGGUACAGUAACCCGAUUCCUUCAGUUCUUCAUAAUCCUGCCCACAAUAGAGUAUACAUAUCAUUUAUUGUAUGCAACAAAAGAAAUCAAAUUUUGUAAGAACAGGUCACAUCACAAAUUUUAUUAUCACAUUGUAUGUAUUUGGGUUAAAGAUAGGGGAAAGUGUGUGGCUAGGUGCAUGAGAGUUGUGUAGUGUUAUAAUUAAUGCAAUAAUUUGGGAAGUGCCUGGUUUGAAUCUUGAAGCUGUCAUAAUCUUGCCAGGUAAGCAUAGGCAAGCUCAGCCUCACCUGCCCCCAUCUACAAUGUGAAGGAUAAUAAUACUAACUUAGCUUACAGGUUUGUUGUAAGACUAAUGAGAUUUUAUAUAUGAAAUGCUUUGAACACACAAGAGCUACACAAAUGUUAAUUACCAGCACUGCAAUUAAGGUAUAUGUUCAUCUACUUGCUCAGUGAUGAAAUUCUGCAGGAGCUUAUUAGUGGGAUAGGAGAGCUGGAGGGAAAAAUUCACAUCUGGCAAUCAAUGCACCCCCUUGGUUUCAGAUAGUACAUGGGUAGGUGUGUCUAAAAAGUCCGGGACACAAUUUUCACAACUCUCUCGUGUCUAUUGUGGCUCAUUUACCAGAAGGAAUGUAUUUAGCAUUAAGUCUGGAAGUGUAUACCUGAUUCCGCCAGAUGUGAAAUAUGUUGACAUUAUUUUCAGCUCUCCUAUCCCACUAGAUCUCUUACAGCAUUAUUGGAGUACACUACUACGUAACCCUAAAUUCAUGCAUCUGAAUCAAUUACACCAUUUCUGAAUUGGAAUUGGUAGCUGGUGCAUGAUGACUCUGUGCCUGAUCAUACCAAAGGAAGCCCAUGUUUCUCCUGUGAGAUAGAUCUCUCUUAUAUUCAAAAGAAAACUGGCAAACAGAAGCCAUUACUUGCAACUCCAAGAAUGGGUUUAAUACGCCUUAGCAUGUGGGUGGCGCUGUGGUCUAAACCACAGAGCCUAGGGCUUGCCGAUCAGAAGGUUGGCGGUUUGAAUCCCCGCGACGGGGUGAGCUCCCGUUGUUCAGUCCCUGCUCCUGCCAACCUAGCAGUUGGAAAGCACGUCAAAGUGCAAGUAGAAAAAUAGGUACUGCUCCGGCGGAAAGGUAAACGGCGUUUCUGUGCGCUGCUCUGGUUCGCCAGAAGUGGCUUAGUCAUGCUGGCCACAUGACCCAGAAGCUGUCUGCGGACAAACGCCGGCUCCCUCGGCCUAUAGAGCAAGAUGAGCGCGCAACCCCAGCGUUGUCUGCAACUGGACCUAACAGUCAGGGGUACCUUUACCUUUACCUUUAGGUUCUUUCUAUGGGUAUUAAUACUGUGCCAAAGUAUAUAUAAAUGUAACAGGAAUACAGCUGUGCAAUUUAGUCUCUACUAUGGGGCUCAUCUUUCGGUGGGAUAGGACUUACCUUUCUUGGUGUAUUCCUGGAUGAGCUUGUUAGAAAUUUUGUAUUAUGGUUUUAAAUUUUUUGCUUUUCAACGGUGUCUGUAUUCUAUCUUGCAUUGCUUUGGCACUUUUUUUGGUAGAAAUCAACUAACAUAAUAAAUUGUAAUAAAAUAACUGCUGAUAUCAUCUUCGAAAACAAGACAACUUUCAGAGGUUGCCCACUUGUGUGGGGUGGGCAGUAGGCAGAGUGGGAAUUUUGAGAAAGUGCUGUAGGGGCAUAACACAAAAUGGCUGCCACAUGCAAAAAGACAAGAAAAAAAAGUCAGUGUCCCCAUAUGGUGCAGGCAUUCCUCCCCCACCAAUGGGAAACAGCUACUUACAUCAGCUGCUAUCACACCUGUGUACCUCUCCUCUGUUCAGAACAUAUGGCCGAUGGGUGUCUACUCUUGGCAUCCAGUGGAAUAUGGAAACAUUUAAGGGAGAGGCUGAGCCACUACAAACAAACUCAGUAAGAAGAGCAAACAGCCUUUAUGUGCAUCGUGAAUUUUUGAAAGGAUUCUUACUCUUGAGGCCUUUUGCAGGCACACCAGUGCCCCAUACUAUAGUAGUGGCAGCCUAAACAACCAUUUGAGUAAUAGGGGAAGAACUAAAUAACACACAUUGAUAUUUGCUUAUAGCGAGGGUAGCCUGAUUCAAACCAGCCAAGCCUCCCCUGCAACUUUAUCUCCUGCUUUGAUCGGGUGAUAAAAACUCUGUCUGUUCUGUAGUGUGAUCUUUAAAGAGCAGUCAAAGUGCUUUAUCUUCUGCUCAGGAGAUAAAACAUCCCCCUGACUGCCUCAUAAGAGUGGAUUUUGAUGGAGCAGUCAAGACUGAUAUUAUAUUUCUAAUCUCAGCAGAGCGCGGAGAGAUAAAAGGCAGCAAUUCCCCCCUAACCUCAUUCCAGAGCUAUGGGAGGGGAGCUGUCAUUUACUCUUAAGGAGAAAGCAGGGGAGAGGCAGAGUGGUGGUGCUUAGCACUGCGACUGGAGGUGUCACAUCUCUGAAUGCUCUGUUUCAUUUUGAGAAAGAUGCUUUAUAAAGGGCAACCAGAGGGAUGUUUUGCAUAGACUGAUCUGUACAAAAUAAAAGGUGCAAUUUCCAGCUACUCUUACCCCACUCCUGGAGGGUUGGAAAUGUGGCAAGAGAACAUAUAUAUGAGUGUUUAUAUAUGAAUUGAGACUGCAUGUCUAGUGUGCUGCAUGUACAUGUGUGGAGAGUAGGGGUAUAUGAAGUUUGCAUUUUUUCAAAAUUGCGUACGAAAUACCACUUAAUUCACUAUUUCAUGUACUCCUUGAAGUGAGCAUGCAUUACGAUUCCGCCAGUGUUCACAGGAUUAACCCCCUCCCCCAAUAUAGCAACUCCCAAGGCUUUUUAACUUCAAUAGGAAGCUGCUUGAAGAGGUCAUUCAGUGAUUUGGUUUGAAGGGUUACCAGCAUGCAGAUGACCUCUAACUCUAGUUUUCAUUCUCAGCUUAUUAAAGUGAGGUAGCAGAAGUGCAAAAUCAGUGAUGAGCUGGAUCAGAGCCAACACACAAACUUAAUGUUAGCAAGACAGAGGUGCUACGGAUAGGUGAUGCAUUUGCUCAGGGAAGUGGAGUUCAGUCUAUUCUCGAUGGCAACAUGCUGCCCUUAAAGAAUCAGGUUGUAUGUAGAUCUGGCUUUGUCACUAAAUAUCCAAAUAAAAGUUGUGGCAGCAUGAAGAAA